AUGCCUGCAAUUGUCGGAAAGGAAUUUGGUCCCAUUGGCUUCGGCCUGAUGGGAUUGACCUGGCGAGCAACACCGCCAUCGCAGGAGCAGGCCUUUGAGGCUAUGCGCGCUGCGGUUGAGAAUGGAUGUACUUGUUGGAACGGUGGUGAAUUCUAUGGCCCACCUGACUACAACACCCUCGUUCUCCUCGAGCAGUAUCUGGAGAAGUAUCCCGAAGAUGCUGAUAAGAUUUUCCUCAAUAUCAAGGGUGGAGUCAACCCCCAAACCCACCAGACCGAUGCCUCGCCGGAGAAUACGCGCCGGAGUAUCGAUGAUUGUAUUGCACAGCUGAAGGGCCGCAAGAAAAUCGACAUCUUUGAGUUUGGCCGUCGGGACCCAGCGGUCCCUCUGGAUAUGACUUUUGGUCUGAUCGAAAAGGAGUAUAUCCAGACCGGCAAGAUCGGAGGCAUUGCGCUUUCCGAGGUACGGGCUGAGACUAUCCAUGAGGCCGUCAAACACACUGCGGUCGUCGCGGUAGAGGCUGAGCUCUCCCUGUUCUCUACUGAUAUCCUAGAGAAUGGCGUCGCAGCGGCGUGCGCCCAGUAUGGGAUUCCAAUCAUCGCCUACUCGCCUAUUGGCAGAGGCAUGUUGACCGGUCAAUUCAAAAAAUGGGACGACCUCCCACAAGACUCUUUAUUGCUCUCUUUCAACUUUCCGCGCUUCCAGAAGGAGAACUUCGACAAAAAUGUGCAGCUGGUAGAAAAGGUUGAGCAGAUGGCGAACACUAAAGGCUGUACCCCGGCUCAGCUUGCGAUCAACUGGACCAGAGCGCUCUCUAGACGUCCCGGGAUGCCCACUAUCGUUCCCAUUCCUGGUGCCACCACUGCGGGACGGGUGGAGGAGAACAGCAAGCUGAUUGAAAUCUCGGAUGAGGAAAUGGCGGAGAUUGACGAUAUCCUGGCCCAAUUCCCCCCGCAGGUGGACGUUACCCCGAGAUCUUCCAGACCAACACCUGAAUAUUAUGUCUAG